CCUUGCAAAGAAUAAGUAUAGAUUUAGGGUUUCUCCUAAAUAGGGUUCAAUUUUACCAAAUGGUUAGGGUUUAGUUUUUCUUUUCUUUUCCUUUUUUUAAAAUUUUAAAACGACGGCUAUGGGUUUCGAUUGCCAAGAUGGUUUAAGCCUGGUCCUUGAGUUUAGAGAGAUUGGGAGUGGUGGUGAGAACAACGGUGCCGUGGUGUCAAGAGAGCUCUUCCCGGGGGGUGGAGUUGGUGGCGAUUUUAUGGUUUCCGAGGGGCAGAGCGCCAAAAACAAGUGGAUCGAUCUGUCGUUCGAGAAAAUAGAAACCGACGAGGUGCGGGCGAUCCAACAACCGUCACAGCAACAACAGCAGGUUAAGAAAAGCAGGCAAGGGCCUAGGAAGACUGGAACUGUUGUUAAACGAUCUCCGAGAGGAUCUGAGUCACUGACUCCAAAGCUCUGUGAUGCCUCAAUUAGUGAAACUGUUGUAUUACGUGGCCAACAUUCUAAUUCUCCUAGAACUCCAAAAUCCGGGCUAGGUAUUCUAGAGAGAAAUUCAAAUGCCUCACUUGAAGACAGUGUAACAAACCUUGCAGAGGCAAAGGCUGCAAUGCAAGCAGGAUUGAGAAAACGAAAAGCAGGAGAAAGGUCUGCAUUAGGCAAGUCUCUCAAGUACAACAAUUCUAUCCCAGAGGUCCCUGUGAAUAUUUUGAUGCACAAAGAGCAUUUUCAAGAUCGCGCCAAGCUAGCGGUGAUAAUGAAAGAGCAAAGAUAGUGUUGGAGUUGUGGUGUUCAAGCUGCCAAAGUAGCAGCAAAUGGAAAGACGUGAGAGCUGCAACAUGAUUACAGAGUAGCAGCAAAGUGACAGCACAAUGGAGCUUCACAUACGCUACAAGAAAUGGCAGUAAAUCUUUGAAUGUAAUCUUUUGUUUUAAAUGCUUAAUAUUUUCUUGUAUUGGAUAAAAUGUUAGGUGAGAAAAAAAAUUGCUUUUUUAUUGUAUUGUUUCUGCUAUAAAUGUAGUAAAAUAUCAAUGAUAUCUUUGAGUUGGAGUGAUAUACUCCUCUCCAUUUUAUGUGCUCUGCUCUUCAUCUUCUUCCUCUCGGUUCUCUCCUUUUUUUCUUUCUUUGCUUUAAAAAACCCAACAGAUAGCACCAUCAUCUGCACCAUUGUCAGUGUUGCUUAUUCCUUCGUUAAAAGAGGUGAGAAAAAAAAUUGCUUUUUUAUUGUAUUGUUUCUGCUAUAAAUGUAGUAAAAUAUCAAUGAUAUCUUUGAGUUGGAGUGAUAUACUCCUCUCCAUUUUAUGUGCUCUGCUCUUCAUCUUCUUCCUCUCGGUUCUCUCCUUUUUUUCUUUCUUUGCUUUAAAAAACCCAACAGAUAGCA